GGCUGCGACCUUGGAGGGGGGAGGUUGUGGAGGAGGAGCCAGCCAACGCCCAGGGCGGAGGGCUUACGGCCCCGCCCCCUGGCGACUCAGGCGUCCCUAACGACCAACUGCGCCAACCGCAGGUGAGAGCAAUCUCCUGGGUCCCCGGAGCAGAGUCCCAGGGAAGAAGGUGUCACUCAAUACCACCUCAGGGCAGCCUGGAGACAGCCGGCCGGACUAAAGCCAACCAGUGAAUGAUCCACGACCCCCCAUCCCGCAUCCUGCCUGCAUCGAGGAUCUUCCAGUUUAAGAAGUUUCCUGUUGCAAGUUGCUAAAGGGCUUCCUGCCCUUGCCUCGCCCGCAGCCAACAUGCAGGACAUCCCAGCGACAUCACCCGGCCCUGGGUCUCGCAGCCAAUCGGCGUUUAACAUCCAGCGCCAGGCAUCCGCCGUAAGCGGUACCAGCUCAGGGCCUCCACCCAUGAAGACCGGCCCAAGCCCUGCCCCAGCCCACCUGAAGCCCAAGGCCCCAAAUGUCCGGCGCAUGCGCCGGAUCAUCUCUGAGGACGCAGAGUGGACACUGGCCAUUGUACCACUCCUUACAGAACUCUGCAUUCAACACAUCGUCAAGAACUUCCAGAACAACCCUAUCCUGAAGCAGCUGCUCCCAGAGCACCAGCAGAAGGUCCUGAGCCACCUGCCCCCUGACCUGCCGCUGACGGUGACUGCCAACUUGAUCGAAGAUGAGAGCUAUUGGCACCGCUGCUGUGUCAAGCGCUGGCCUGUGUGCCACGUGGCCAAGCACGGUGGCAGCUGGAAGCGAAUGUUCUUUGAGAGACACCUGGAGAGCCUGCUGAAGCUCUUCAUCCCGGGUACCACGGACCCCAAUGUGAUCCUGGACCUGCUGCCCCUCUGCAAGAACUACGUGCGCCGAAUCCAAGUGGAUCAGUUCCUGCCGCCCGUGCGGCUGCCAACCCCGCCCCAUCCUGACGACCAGUCCGACUCCGGCAGUGAGGGGGAGGGGAACGAGCCUGAGAAGGACCACUACCAGCUGGAGGAGCUGGUGGCUGGCCUCAAGCACCUGGAGGAGCUGGACCUGGUGUACGGUGUCAAAGACUGUGGCAUGAACUUUGAGUGGAACCUCUUCCUCUUCACCUUUAGAGACUGCCAGUCUCUGGCGACCACCAUCAAAGCUUGCCACACCCUCAAGAUCUUCAGGCUGACCCGAAGUAAGGUGGACGACGACAAGGCGCGCAUCCUGAUCCGAAGCCUGCUGGACCACCCGGCCCUCGAGGAGCUGGACCUGUCCCACAACCUCAUUGGAGACCGUGGAGCCCGAGCGGCAGCCAAGCUGCUGAGCCACAGUCGCCUGAGAAUACUCAACCUGGCCAACAACCAAGUGCGGGCGCCCGGGGCACAGUCGCUGGCCCACGCCCUGGCCCACAACACCAACCUCGUCUCCCUCAACCUCCGCCUCAACUGCAUCGAGGAUGAGGGCGGCCAGGCAAUCGCCCAUGCCCUGGAGACGAACAAGUGCCUCACCACCCUGCACCUCGGUGGCAACGAGCUGUCCGAGCCCACAGCCACACUCCUAUCCCAGGUGCUCCCGGUCAACACCACACUCAUCAGCCUCAACCUCUCCUGCAACCAUAUUGGGCUGGAUGGUGGGAAGCAGCUCCUGGAUGGCAUGUCGGACAACAAGACCAUUCUGGAGUUUGACUUGCGUCUGUCAGAUGUAUCCCAGGAGAGCGAGUACCUCAUUGGCCAGGCUCUGCAUGCCAACCGAGAGGCCACCCGCCAGCGGACCCUGAAUCCUGGCCACUUCAUGUCACCCAUCACUAAAAACUGCCCUGAGAAUUCAGUAGGCUAAGAUGGGGGCAGGGUGAAACGGUGAUCUGAUGGGUCACUGUGGCAGCCAGACCUUCAUUUCACACCCUUCCUGUGCCUGUCCCUGGUUCUGAGGA